AUGGCCGAGUUUGACGAAUCUCUUAUUUUGUGUGUAAAGGACUAUCCUUGUUUAUACAAUUCCAAAAGUGCAGAUUUCAGGAUUACAUGGAAGAAAGAGAAUGCAUGGGAAGAAGUGUCCAAGAAACUGGUUGAAGUUGCUUCAAAGAGAUGGAAAGUGUUACGUGAGCGUUAUACAAAAGAGCACAAAAAGGCUAAGAAACCAACAGGAACUGGAACUGAUGAGGUGGAGGUGUGGGAGUUUUACCAUCUGAUGCACUUCUUACAGGAUUUUGUCAAACACAGGAGUACUGUGACAAAUAUGCCAACUUUUAGCACUCAUACUGAUGAGUUAAGAUUUUCCCCAGGGGCGGAAAGUACUCAGUCAAAUGAUGAAGCUACAUCUAGCAGUGCAGCUGCAUUAUCUGAUAAUGACAAAGAUAACAAUAAAGACAAGGCAAAAAUGAGACAAAUUGAAUCAGACCCAAUAGAGAUGGAAAUACUGUCACAGUUAAAGAAAACAUCAGAUGCCAUGAUUUCUACUAAUGAUGAAGAUUUCGCUUUUGCUAAAACAGUUGCAUUGACUCUAGACGACUUAAUGGACGACAAAAGGCUUUUGCAAAAAUGA